AUGUUUCACAAGAGAUCCAGUCUGGGAGCCAGAAAGGUCUCUCCGCCUCAACCAACAUGUAUGACUGAUGAACAGAAAUCUUCCUAUCUUGACAAUUUACGAAACAAUCGCCCUGCUAGACCUACUGGCUCACGCCCACCACCAUUUGCCUCUAGACAUCAUGCUUCCUUGUCCUCACAAUCCAGCCUGCCCCGUUCUGAUUCAGCUCCUACUGUUGGUAGCCAUAACUAUGAUCCCACAAAUUCACCCUUCUCUCCUGAUCAAGGUCCACCUCAAAUGCAAAAAUCGGUCUCUUUUUCCACUACCUCCACCAAAGGUCGACCUUUGGCUCAACCCUCAGUCGGAGAACGACCUGUUGUUCGAGGGAGAAAGGUAUCGCCAACUGCAAUCGUCCAACUUCCUCACACAUCCUUGGACCAAGACUAUGUAGAGUCCACGACACGUCAAUUGGAAAAAGAGGAGGCCCAAAAACUCAGACUAGCCUUGGAGAACAUCGAUCAGAAAGAUGAUGAACAGAGAAUUUAUUCUGCUGCUCAAGAGGAGGCUGCUGAUCUGGUCUGGAAGCACCGAAACCCCAAAGCCGCGGAAGACGAAAAGAUCGCCCCUUACACGAACCCAGAUCUCAAGAAGAAAGACAGAAGAAAGAGUAGUGGCCAGCGCCAGCCUAGUGGAUCACGAAAAGUUUCUUUCCCUUCCUCCAAGGACCAGAUAUAUGAGGAGCCGAUUCAAAAACAAGCCCCCCUUGAGGAACCAGUCAAGACACCCAACCCAGAGUUACCUCUAAGAAUCAAAUCAACAAACACCUUACCUUGGCUGAGAAAGAGGAUCUCUGGAAAGACCGAGCCAUCUCCGAUCCAAGAUUCCCAAAAGUACAACUUGUUCGAGAUGCACAGAAAUCCCAGAAUUCAAUCCAACAAUGCCGAGUAUACUGCAAAUACACCUCCUCAUUCAGCCCCUAUCGAUGUCAUCCAAGAGGUUGAUACGCCCAAAUCUACCACAUCCUUGGAGAUUAGGAGUGAGGACAUUCGGGCAGCUACCAGCAUGAAACGAAAAGACCGAAGUCCCAAUUUGCCCACACCAACAGCUGUCAGUGAUCGACUCGGUCGACCAAUAGUCAGCUUCGACAAAUCUUGGAAACCUCCUUCUGAAUCCCCCAGGACUAGCCAAGAUCUCGAACGCCCGGUGAUCAAGAUGACCGAAUCUCCUUCAACAAUGGGCCCUGGUGGCAGACCACUACCAAAACCGCUGCCUGCGAUGCCCGAAGUCACAGUGUCUGCCCCUGCUGUUCCGACCAUCAACCUUCCCAAUCCUGAUAUUGCCCCACGACCCGAGAUAUCCAUUCCAGAUGUGACCCUGUCAAGCCCAGACGUGCCGACGAUAUGCGUCUCAAACGAUGCCCCUGAUGUCCCAACCAUUAAUGUCCAGUCUGAAGGCAAUCACUCCUCGAGGCCGUUGCCCAGUAUCAACGCUUUGGGAGGAGUCGAGCAACCCUCCAGGCCACUGCCGAGACAUUCAGCGACAGUCCCAAUCCCAUCUCAUCUUCACAAGGCACCGUCAAAUCGUGUUCCCUGGCUGAACAAAACAUCGAUACCAACAGUUUCCUGCUCCAGUUGUUCCCUACCCAUAUCAGGGCGUAUCGUAACUGCUUCAGGAUCUUCUGCUUCAGGUCCCAAGGCAAGAUUUCAUCCUGAAUGUUUCAGUUGCUACCACUGUUCCACACCUCUGGAGUGUGUUUCUUUUUAUCCCGAGCCCGAUAACAAGCGCACAGAGAGAUUGGAGAAUGAAGGGGCUGAUUCUGACUCACUGAACGGAGUCAACGAUCCUCUCAGGUUCUAUUGCCAUUUGGAUUACCACGAAUUUUUCUCCCCACGUUGUCGGUCAUGCAAGACACCAAUCGAGGGCGAGGUGAUUAUUGCAGCUGGAGCAGAAUGGCACGUCGGACAUUUCUUCUGCGCCGAAUGUGGUGAUCCAUUUGAUUCCAACACUCCUUUUGUGGAGCGUGACAACUAUGCAUAUUGCGUCCGAUGCCAUACUAAACGCACUUCAGCACGAUGUCGACAAUGCAAAACUCAGAUCCUGGAUGAGUUGACGGUGGAGGCACUAGGUGGUAAAUAUCACGAGCAAUGUUUCGUAUGCUCCGAGUGUGAAGGCGGAUUUGGAGAUGAAGGACGAUUCUUUGUGCGUAAUGUCGAGGUUGAACCAACCGAAAAGGAGAAAAGGAGAGGUAUUACCAGAAAAAUGGAAGAGCGCCCUGUUUGUGGCCCUUGUGAGGAGAUGAGGCUCAAAGCUUGA